AUGCCAGCAGAGUCGCUCGUCGCCACGAGAAAGCGGCGGCAGAACGCCGGGCUGCGGCUCAAACAGCUCAUCGAGUUGGAAGAGCACCAUGAGAACGUUCUGCUGGCAUUCCCCACCACCGAGGACGACGAAAACGUCGCGCUUUUGUUCCAAGAAGAUGGCGAAGACGACGAGUUUGAAGACCCUGAACUCCAAGCUUUAGACUCCGAAAGUGAUGAAAACGAAGACCAAGGUGACGAAGAUGACGGUGAAACACCCCAACUGCCAAAAGACGCUCCCGACGACGAACAACUCUCCGAUUCCGAGCUUUCAGAGCUGGAUCUGGACCUCAGUGAGGGCGAACGCGAGCUCCAGAAGCAAGAGAAGAUUGCUAAAAAACGCAAAAAGACUCAGCUUAUUCCUGAGAUCAAGAAGCGCCCGGCAACUUCGGCGCCGGCGCCGAAGAAGCAGCCUACCCCUCAGAUUAGCGUGGAGUCGUUGAUGCUGGCAUCAAGGCGGCUGUCUCUGCGGUCUCUGGUGGUGAAAAAUACCAAUGCCUUAGUUAGUCGACUCAAAGAAGAUGAAGAACGGCGGAAAACGAUGACGCCAGUGGUGCGGCCUCAGUACAAACAAUUGACUCAGGAAGAGCGUCUCGCCGAGGCGGUGGAAACUGAACGCCGUAACGUGUUGGCACUCCACCUUUUCCGUCAACAGGAAGUGGUGAAAAAGGAACAGCGCCGUAACCAGAUGCUUUCACGACGCCACGCGCUUGUGGAUGUGGUGCGGUUUGAACUGAAAGAGACUUAUAUCACUCCCGGUGAGGAAGUUGAAGAAUGGCGUAAGCUCUAUCGGCUUCUAGACAAGUAUAAGCGGAAACCGACACGGAAACGUCAGGUUCAGGAGUAUUUGGACCGGUUCAAAGUGGAGCCUGGUGUCCUCAUGAAAGAUCUCCCUCACUUUGAGCCUUGGGAAGGCGAUGACGGCGAUGAAGGCGAAGACGGCGAGGGUGACGUCGUUGAACAGACACCCGAACAAACGCCGGAACCGACCCCAGAAGCCGCUGAACCUGAACCUGAACUGGAGCCAAUUAAGGUGAAAUCUGAGGAGCCAGACGCAAUGGAUGUUGACGUUAAAGACGAGGCCAACGAAGUCGAAGAAAAGGGCGAAGAAGACGAAGAAGACGAACAAGAAGAAGGUCUGGUGAAGCCAGAAUUGAAGGAGGAAGAAGGGCUGCGACUGGCAACCCCGAAACGAGUCACGUUUGCCGAAGACGCCGCCAAUACCAGUCUUGACUUUGAUCUUGACGACCUUGAUCUUGUACCCAAAGAAGAGGAAAAGAAAGUCCCAGUUCACGAGUACUAUGAGCCUCUCGCUACCGGUGAGCUUUUUCAUGGACCCAUGCAACGAGUGGCCCGCCAACGGGUAUAUUUAUACGAUUUCGAAGAUCCUCGUUACACUGAGACACUCAUCAAAACCUAUGUACUUGGUCCCCAGUCGAUUCUUCCUGGGUCCCAUCGAUUUAAGGACCUUAAGACCAUCUUCAAAAGUGGUGGCCGUGACGACUACGGUGCUGCUGCUGCCAAGAAGAAGAUCCAGGCUGAACACGAUGCGUUGUUGACUCUGGUCACCACUUGGACCGAGGAAGAGCCGAUGUUUGACCGGCUCCGCAAGCUUCCUCGUCUCGGUAUCCGCCAAGAAGUGGUGGACGAGUCCGACGACGACCAGAACGACAACGGCGCCACCAUCACCAUCACCACCGAAGCGCCCUUGGGCUUAUACUUGCCCAAUAAUAAUAAGAAGACAUGUAUGAUCCUGGGUAAGGAAGUGCGCUACUUUGACCCUCACUUGGGUGUUCCUUACGCCACUGUUGACGACCUCGAGUUAGCCAAGGAGAUCGAACGCGGCUUGAUUCCCUGGUACUCGUUUGCCGCGGGGACAAACGACACUGGGCCCAUUGAGAUCUACUUAGGCCACCGCGAACGCAUUCGCCACGCCAAGGGUGUACCUCCAGGGUUUGCCUAA